AUGAGUGCUAAACAUGCUGCUCUCUACCGGCCACUGGAAGGCCUUGAAGCUAUACGGUUCAUCGAAUUGCUCCCAGGCACAGGUUCGGACACCAUUGUCGUCAAUUUCGUCUACGAUACUCUGCUUAUGAAGCCUCCGCCAAUGUUUGAAGCCACCUCGUACACUUGGGGCGAUCCAAUUCCAACCAGGACCAUCCUAUGCGAUGGCAUCGAGUUCGAACUACGGCAGAAUGCAUGUGAUUUCCUCCACCAGCUUCGAUUGCCGGAUCGGUCUCGCAUGCUCUGGAUUGAUUGCAUCUGCAUCAACCAGACAGAUGCGGUCGAACGCGCAAAGCAGGUGGAAAUGAUGCAUGUGAUUUAUCGAAAUGCCAUGGCAGUGAUCGCGUGGAUUGGUCUACAGGACGAAUCUAGCCUGAUUGCUAUGAAUUACAUAGCUCAGCUAGAUAUAACGUCUGUAUUGAGACAUGCGCUGCUCGACGUGUGGGGUGCGCCAGAUGUCCAGAUCGAGGAAAGACCGUAUCUAUUCGAUACCAUAACCCGAACCGAGCAAGAUCAGAGGCUUGUUUCCGCCGUGAUGAGACUGUUUUGCCGCCCAUGGUUUCGCAGGAUCUGGAUACAGCAGGAAAUGGCCGUCAACCAAAACACCAGAGUGCUUUGUGGUUCCCAAGAGGUGGAUUUGGAGCGAUUGAUCGCGCUUGGGUGCCUCCUGCAACCUCGAGACUCCUCUGGCUGGCCAGAGCCUUGGAAUACCUCCGAGCAUCUCCCGGAGUGGAGGAGCAUAGUAGCUUUACGAGAAAUCAAUCACCACCGGGUGGUCGAGUUCGCCAUUCCGACUCCGUGGCAGGAUGAAAUCCGCCAGAGAUCGGCAACAGAAUCCUCUAUUGACUACUAUGCUGGGCACAAGAGUUCCGUGCUCGCUUUCGGCUUUUUCACUGACGCUCUCCAAGGUUCAAGUGCAACUAGCAGACCGUUGAUUACGAAGCUCAAACAUGGUUCUGUACUCGAGGCAACAGAUCCUCGAGACAAGGUGUACGCCCUUUACAACCUCGACAAAAGCUUCCGCUUUCCACCAAGGGCGGCCCCUCCACGUCCCAAAGUCGACUAUUCCAUACCUUGGCAAGCAGUCUUCAUCCGCAUUGCGAAGUACACUCACUCCACCCAUGUCGAUAGGACCUUGAGCUUAGCGGGCCGCUCACAGCAGUAUAGUGAUGCGAGUCUACCCUCAUGGGUCCCGGACCUGCGAAAUGAAGAUAUUGGAGUCUUUUUCGCCGAUCACGAAAGCAGCUGGGCUGCUGGCGGGAUGGCAUAUCAGCCUAGCGUGCAGUUCGUAAGUCUUCCCUCCUGUCGAAUAGGUUCUCGCCCAAUCCCCGAGUACUACUUCUUCAAUGCCAAAGGCAAGAAGAAGAACUUGGUAGCAGAGGCCUUGGAGAUAGGAGCAAUCCUACAAGACAAGAUAGUGUACUGUAGUCCGCAGCCCACACUUCCUUCGAUGCAUUUGGCUGCUCUCCUCCCGGAAAUCUCUUCCAAGCUGGCCGCCGACCUUACCUUUAUCAACGAGAAGAUGCCUCGAUAUUUCACUGGGGAGUCCGGAUCAGACGCAUACGCGGGAACGAUUAUGGUCAACACCACGCCGCGGGACGAAUUGGCAACUGCAGACUACGAGAGGAAGGGGUUUGCUGAGUGGAGAGCGUGGCUGGAGUCCAGCGACUUUCCAAAUAAUAUCCCUGAAUACCAUCAAGCCGUGGUCAAUACUGAGCUAUGGAACAAGCACUUGUUCGUUGUGAGCAAUCAUGGUCUCAUGUGCAUCGUCCCUGCAAUGACACGUGAAGGCGAUUAUGUCGCCAUUCUGAAUGGUUGCCGCUAUCCAGUAGCGUUGAGAAAAGUCGGACCCGAGGAUGGCCAAUACUAUGAACUUCUUGGACCGUGCUACAUGCAUCGCAUGAUGAGAGGGCGGGCCUGGAAUCUGAUUGAAGAGUACAAAUCGAAAUACAUAUCUACAUCCGAGGACGAAGUCGUGCCUUUAGAUUUGGGAUCCGCUGACCAGACGGACGAAGAUUCCGGCGGUCAUGUUGGUGUUUUCCCGUUCAAUGCAAACUCGGACUACCAGAAUAUCAAGCGAGUGCUUGGGAAGAGACGGAUUGUACUUGUAUGA